AUGACGGGCCGCACCCCGUGCUUCAUCGCCUGGGAACACUGGUGGUCUGUAGUAACCGUCUUGUUUCACUUCCAACAGAUAAUCCGUGUGCAGUCCCCAGAUGGGGUGAAGCGGAUCACUGCGACAAAGAGGGAGACAGCUGCAACAUUUCUGAAAAAGGUUGCAAAGGAGUUUGGCUUCCAGAAUAAUGGUUUCUCGGUUUACAUCAAUAGAAACAAGACUGGAGAGAUAACAGCAUCAUCCAAUAAGUCCCUCAACCUGCUGAAAAUCAAGCAUGGCGAUUUGCUGUUCCUGUUUCCCUCGAGCAUUGCUGGGCCCUCAUCUGAGAUGGAGACAUCAGCCACACUGGGGUUGAAGGCCUUCGGUGCUCCCAACGUGGUAGAAGAUGAGAUUGACCAGUACCUGAGCAGACAGGACGGGAAGAUUUACCGGAGCCGCGACCCACAGCUAUGCCGACACGGGCCGCUGGGGAAGUGCGUGCACUGUGUUCCUCUGGAGCCAUUUGAUGAGGACUACCUGAACCAUCUCGAGCCGCCUGUGAAGCACAUGUCCUUCCAUGCCUACAUCCGAAAGCUGACUGGAGGGGCUGACAAGGGGAAGUUUGUUGCCCUGGAGAACAUCAGUUGCAAGAUUAAGUCAGGGUGCGAGGGACACCUCCCGUGGCCCAAUGGUAUCUGCACGAAGUGCCAGCCCAGCGCCAUCACACUGAACAGACAGAAAUACAGGCAUGUGGACAAUAUCAUGUUUGAGAACCACACAGUUGCUGACCGCUUCCUUGACUUCUGGAGGAAGACGGGAAGCCAGCACUUCGGGUACUUGUAUGGACGGUACACGGAGCACAGGGACAUUCCUCUGGGCAUCCGGGCCGAGGUGGCUGCCAUCUACGAACCUCCUCAGAUUGGGACACAGAACAGCUUGGAGCUUCUUGAAGACCCAAAAGCUGAGGUGGUGGAUGAAAUCGCUGCCAAACUUGGCCUGAGGAAGGUCGGCUGGAUAUUUACAGACCUCGUUUCAGAAGACACUCGAAAGGGUACAGUCCGAUACAGUCGGAAUAAGGACACCUACUUCCUGAGUGCGGAAGAGUGCAUCACGGCAGGGGACUUCCAGAACAAGCACCCCAACAUGUGCCGGCUCUCCCCCGAUGGGCACUUUGGCUCCAAGUUCGUGACUGCAGUGGCCACAGGUGGUCCCGACAACCAGGUCCACUUUGAAGGGUACCAAGUGUCCAAUCAGUGCAUGGCGCUGGUCCGGGAUGAGUGCCUGCUGCCCUGCAAGGACGCCCCCGAGCUCGGCUAUGUCAAGGAGUCCAGCAGUGAGCAGUACGUGCCUGAUGUGUUUUAUAAGGACAUAGACAAGUUUGGCAAUGAGAUCACCCAGCUGGCCCGCCCUCUGCCCGUGGAGUAUCUCAUCAUAGAUAUCACAACCACUUUCCCCAAGGAUCCAGUUUAUACUUUUUCUAUUUCGCAAAAUCCAUUUCCUAUUGAAAACCGGGAUGUAUUGGGGGAGACACAGGACUUCCACAGUCUUGCCACCUACUUGUCGCAGAAUACCUCCUCCAUGUUCCUGGACACCAUCUCGGAUUUCCACCUCCUGCUCUUUCUGGUCACCAACGAAGUCAUGCCUCUGCAGGACAGCAUCAGCCUGCUCCUGGAGGCCGUGAGGACCAGAAACGAGGAGCUCGCCCAGACGUGGAAGAAGUCUGAGCAGUGGGCCACCAUCGAGCAGCUCUGCAGCACAGUUGGGGUGCAGCUUCCGGGCCUCCAGGAGUAUGGUGCCGUCGGGGGCUCCUCACACGCCGCCACGGCCGCCAUGUGGGCCUGUGAGCACUGCACCUUCAUGAACCAGCCGGGCACUGGCCACUGCGAGAUGUGCAGCCUCCCCAGGACCUAGGGCCUCGGCCCUGCUGGCAGGACUGGGCCCACCCCAGCCCUCUCUGAAGCCAGGGUCACGGAGCCGUGCCCCAGGGUGGCAUGGCUGCCCUGGGGGUCUCUGGCCCACGAAGCCUCUCAGCACCAGGCUUCCCUGGAGGUCGGAGCCAGGCUGGUGCUCUGCCGGCUGAAACCAGGCUCCUAGUGGAGGAGCAUUGGGCCUGACGCAGACGCCUCUCGGGUACCUACCUCCACGGUGGGGGGCCUGGCGCCUCGACAUCUCCACCUGCACAGGAGGGCGGGAGUGCUUGCUGCUGCGCCAGCUUCCUCCUCUCUGGAUGCCGUUUGUUCUUGCCCCUCCCUGGUUGUGGUUGGAGCUCUUGUGGCCUCUGUACCCUGUGGCCCUUGGGCAGGCCCUGCCUGGGGGGCACCUCUUCCCCGUCCGGUAGCCGUUGUCUGGUGGAAACGUAAGUGGCCACAGGCUCGCCGGCCUCCCGUCUGCUUGGUCUGCAGGUUCCUUUGCUGCCCACUUUCUCCUGCUCUCACCCAACAUCCAGGUGGGAUUUUAAAGUUGGCAUUGGUUGUAAUAACAGUUAUCAGUAAUUCCUGCCCAGAAGACGUUUAUUUAUUUUUUUAAAGAUAAAAACCGCAUAAAAGGGGAGUGAGAGAGACUAGUUUCCACUUCCUUCCCUCUAGUGAGUCCCUGUGGGUGUGCAGGGUGGGUGAGUAUGGAUGGGGGCCUACACUCAGUCCUCCUUGGAAGUAAACCUCAGUGCCUGAGACUUUCCUGCCAAGCUGCACAGCAGCUGCAGACAUGGGCUGUCAGAGCAGGAGUAUAGCAGUGGCUCCCGCCAGGCAGGGGCCCCUCCAGAUGGCCAAGGCUGCUGACCAGGCCUCCUGGGGCAAACUAGGUUACCCAGGACCAGAAGCUGGUCCCCUUUGACUCCCACACAGUUCUUUCCCGUGGCCCUAGCCUCUGGCACAGUGACAUGGCCAUUGAGACAGGCCUGGGUGAGGGAGUGGGGCUUGGCUGUUGUGGAGCUACGUGGUUCUGCCGUGGGGACGGGAAGGGUGCUGCUGUGCCGAUGGUGUGAGAUCCGGGCCAUCCCAGGACAGAGGUGGUGGUCAGACCCUACAGGUGUGCCCUGGGGUCCUUACCCAUCCUCUGUGGCUGGGCUGUGACCACGCCCUGCCCCGGGAACCCAUGGGCAUGCUGAUGCCUCUUUGCCUUAAUAAGAGCCGAUCUCUGAGCUGUUCCCCACCCUCAGGAAGGGCCAGCCCAGACAGAGACUGCUUGGGGACCUCACAUCUGCCCUGGGGCGGGGGCAGGCCUGUGGGACCUGCCCUUUCCCUCAGUGCAGUGCGGGAGAGCCCUUGGGUGUUGGCUGUGGUGGUAACGGCCCAGUCUGGCACCUCCAGGUCCACCAGCACAGACUUGUCUGCUCUUGGGGAGGCUCAGGUUGGGUCUGGCCAGAGCAGAGAGUGGCUGAUCUGGAGGAGCAGGAGGGCCAGAGCGGCCAGUGCAGAGUACAGCUACCUUCGGGGGACUGUCUGGUCGCACUCCUGGCUGGCACACUGGCUGGACUCCAGCCUGUUGUGUGGUUCCUGUGACCAGAUGUGAAGCUGCAGCUGGACCCGCGCUUGACCUCACUCCUGAGACCUCACCGCCCCCCGGCUCCCCAACGUGCUCUCGCCUUCAUCCACUGCUAGCUUCCUUUCAACCAGCAUUCUCCUCUCAAGCUCUGGCAUCCACAUAAUUCAUGUUCCCUUGUUUCUUCAGCUAAAGAAAAAGCGUUGUGACUUCUCUG